AUGGCGUGGGAGUCUUUGCACAGGGCUGAUUCACCCGGAUGCAGCACGUUUCCAACAAAUUUUGAUCUCAAUAGCUGGAGCGCGGCCUUGGGCCCAACAUUUGUGCAUGGGAGCCAGGCCAGCAGACUGGACUACUUCUGCGUGCGACAACCGUACGCUGAUGGCACUGCUCGACAGGUGAGAUAUCUAUGGGACUCUCCUUUCCUUCAUCAAACUGAUUUUGGACAUGUCCCUAUGAUGUGCACUCUGGCCAAGCAUUGGAUCCCCAGUUUUUCACAGCAUAAAAUUCAACGGGUCACGCUGCAACAAAGACAGGCCAGCAGACAAUCAUAUUUGGCACAGGACUCUGACUGGCUGAGUUUUGUUGACUGUACACAGACCCAAAUUGCGGCACACUUUGCUCGUGCUGACCUUCCUGCUGAUGACUUCAUGGAGAUCCUGCAUCGAGAUGUGCUACACCAGUUUUGUGAGCAUUUUCCAGCUGGCAAGCACACGCGCAGUCCUGCGGCUUGGCAAUCUGCUCUUCCCACAUUGCUCAACAAGUGGGAUCAUCGUAGAUGCAUGCAGAGGCUAGGCGUGCCAUUCACGGUGCAGCAGCUUGAACGGGCACUGAGUCAGAUCCCACCGAGUAAAGCGGUGGCAAAGCCAUUCUCACCUGGCAUGGUUUGGCGCCAGCAUGCAUCCGUUUUGGCUCCAUUACUCCAUGCGAAAUUGACUGAUUGGUGGGAGCAACGCGACAUCAGCUGUAUGGAGGGCUUCAAAUUUUUUUUGGACCUUCAACGUGCUUUUGACAGUGUUCAUCGUGGCAAACUUUUUAGUAGACUCCAAAAUCUGCCCAUUAGCCAGUCCCUGAUUCAAUUGCUGAUGGAGUGGCAUGAAAACACGGUGUACUUUGUACAACAUGAUCAGGUGGAUAGUCCGGUGUCAAUUGGCCGUGGCGUGCGCCAAGGCUGCAAGGCAGCUCCAGGACUGUUUAACCUUUUUGUUCUCCUUUUUCUGCAUGACUUGAUGGCCCAUGUCCCCAUUAGUUGGAUUCAAACACACUUGACAAUUUAUGCUGACGAUUUCCAUAUCGGAGCCAAGUUCACCACGGCACAUGAUUUUGCUUGCUUUCAUAAGACUUUGGGUAUCAUUUUUUGGACCUUGCGAUCUUUGGAGCUGCAAAUCAAUCCUGGCAAAUCAGUGGCUCUGUUGGAAUUGAAGGGCUGCCAUAGUCAUGCUCUGCGCAAACAACUGGUGCAGCGAGACCGUGAUGGAGAAAAACUGCGAGUGUUUCUGCCUGAUGGUGAUGAGAUGCAAAUCCCAAUACGCAAAUCAGCCAAAUAUCUUGGGGUGCUGAUCAGCUACAGCAAUUUUGAAGAUGCCAGCCUGAAACAUCGAUUGAGCUUGAUGAACACUGGAUUUCGACGGUUGCAGCGGUGGCUCACAGGAAGACAUUGCCUGACAAUCAAGCAGAGAUACAAACUUUGGCACUGUUGCGUUUAUCCCAUUUUGACUUAUGGAAUUUUUGCUACAGGCCUGACAACAGUUGGCAUUCAGAAAGCACAAACACAGAUCACUAUCAUGCUUCGAAAACUGCUUCAUGAUCACGCCUUUUACACCAGAAGGAACAACCAACAGGCUCUAGCUCUUCACAGAUUUCCCACCCCGCUGCACCUGCUGUAUGGCACUGCGGCUGGACUUCUGAGGACACAGGCAACAAGAAGUGCAUUGUUUUCAGAUCAUGACCUGGCUCACACGAUCACGUGGGAUCAUCUUCCUGAUUUGAUGUCCCGUUUGGAACAAAUGCAGGCCACUGCAACCUUGGUGACGUCCAGGGACCUUGAGGCGCAGCAUGCCUACAACACCCCAUUUUUCCAAUGUGCUCAGUGUGAUUUUUGCACAGAGAAUGUCAGCGUUUUUCGCAGACACUGCACGGUUGCCCAUGGAUCUCAGAUGUAUCGCACGCAGUUUGUUCAGCAGGCACACUUCACAGCCAAUGGUCUUCCAACAUGUAAGCACUGCCACACCACAUUCUCGACAUGGCGCAUGUUCUCAGCUCAUAUUGAGCGCGGCUGUCAGGUGCUGCUCACGGGACCAUCGUCCUGCACGACGAGUUCUUCAUCUACUAGAGCUGCACUAGGCACCCUGAACAUCAUGCAACCCAACAUGGCCGACUCAGCCACCAGAGGAUUGAGAAUGAUCACUGCGGAAGAGUUGCACAAUCUCAAAACGCAGGUAUUUGGUGAGAGACUGCUUCAAGUGGUGCACGAUCGCGACUGGACCAAGAUGCCAAGAACUUCAUCAACAUUUUCGUUUGCAACAUCCAGAGUUAUGGGAAUUGCAGUCUUGUUGGUGAAUGGCGCUGGAGUGGAGGCAUCACAGGCUGAACAUGGGCUACAAGGGCUAUCCUUUAAUGCCAGCAGGGACUCCAUCGCGUCAGCAGAAACGCUUGCGGUGGAUGCACUUUGGAGACAGGCUUGUGGCAAGGGAUGUCAACGUGCGGCAGAUCUCUCCUUGCACCUUCAAUCUGCUCACUCCAGAUUGUGGAGGCAGCUGGCAAUGGCUUUUCACCGCAUGGGCACUGAACCCUUUGCACCGACAGUCAUCACGGACAGCCUGCUGAAGGACCCUGAGAUUCUGGCACUGCUGCGCUCGCAUUGCUUGCUGUGUGGUGCACAGCCGGCGACAUCAGACUUGGCGCUGCAUCUCCGGGAGGAGCACUCAUGUGGCCAUGAAAUGUUUCUUUUCUACAUGGAACAGCUGCUGCCCACAGUUUUUCAACAGAAUGUAGAUGAUUUCCAGUGCAAUUUGUGCCAACUCAUUUACAAUUUGCCAGCCGCUUUGCGUCCUGAUGAAUCUUUGGCUGCUCGAGCACAGCUUGCCCUUUCACAUCUGCGGGGCUCGUGCCCUGUUUUGAUACAGAUCGCACAACUCUUUGGGGCUCUUCUCAACGGAGGGAUUUUGCAACAUGGAACUGUCCGACAUGGCAGCAUCAGCACAGAUGAGAGAAGUCUUCGACGCUCUGGCACCGAUGUUCCAGGACAAAACGCUCAAGCUAGCAGAGAAUCCCAGGGAGCCCAAAGUGCGCCGCAAAGGCGCUCCAAACGAUCUCGACUUGGAGAUGGCAGACCCACCAGCGCCCGCAACACCCACACCGGCGAUGAGAAUGCUGACCACCAUGGCGAAUCGGUGCAGUGGAAACAGCAGAUGGAAACUGCAUCCAAAUCCCAGAUGAGGCCUCUGAGGCAGCAUCUGUUGCUGGCGCUGCUGGAAGUCAUGCGCACACGGGCGGGCAAGAUCGUGGAAAGCAAGGAGACAGACGAGCUCUACCAGACGUCUUUGGCCAAGGGGCUGAUCCUGAAGGACAAGAGCUUCCCAUUUCACAGAUGGGAUCCACAGACUCAAACGCUGGUAUUGGACAAGAAGCAGCCGGUGAGUGCCAAGAAGAUGGAGCAGCACAUGACCGAGCUGCUAGAAAUGAUGGUGGACAAGGACUUGAUCAUCCGAUUCCACGCCCUGAAAGCCCCGGAUGCACAGAAGGAGCGCACAGUGCCGUGGAGAUUGCAGAUCAACCUCAGGAGCGAUCGGGCCUACGAGUUGCUGGCGCACCUUGCGCACAACGCCAUAUGGAUGGUGGUGGGAGCAACGAUGAAGCAGCACACCCUUGCCCAGUCCCCCAUGGCCACGAUGCUCCAUCUAGCACCACAGCUUGUGGAGGAGCUCACGAAGUUGGCAGGACAUUUGCGUUUGACCAACAAUCGCAACUGGUGCUUUGCUAAUAGCACGGUACACAGUUUGCUGUGGACGCUUUUGAGUCUGCAAGUUCCUUUGACAGAUCUUUGGGGAGAGCACCAUGCAGAACUGAUCCAAUUUGUGCUGAAGCAUGCCAACAAACCGGCUACGCUGAGUGAGACGGCUUGGUUUCUGCAAGUGGUGCAAGAUUGGAUUGCUGAUGGGGAACAGCAAGACUGUGCAGAAUGUGCACAUCGAGUCUUGCGUUGGCUGCGCCCGGCAGCAUUUGACAUGCGUUGGGAAAGAAGGGUUGCGACAUCUGAAGGGCUGCAGUUACAUGAUAGCAACAGCAAUUUCAUGCCCAUCAUAUUGUACAUCCCUAGCCAUGCUCAUCACAUUGGACAUUGCCAACUUGCAUCAUUGGUGACUGCUUGGUCUCAGGAGCUUGCGAUGCAGACAGCCCUCCUGGAUGCGCCGGUAUGUCUCUGCCUUCAUAUUGACAGAAUGUACCAAGACGCUGACAAUCAGGCUGUUAAAAGCAUGUGCCGUUUGGACAUUGACACAGAAAUCAUGAUGCCGGUUUUCCGACCCUCAGGCAUUGCUUGUAAUACUGCAGGAUACAUUCCAGUGGCAUGCAUUGCACAUUUUGGACAGGAUCAAGCUGGACAUUGCAAGGCGUUGCUUAAGAUUCAACCCACAGUAGUGCCGCCUGGCAACCCAGCUGCUUGGCUCAUGACCGAAGAUGACCAAUAUCCAACUCCUCUCUGGCAAUUUCCUUCCUGGUUUGCAAGCAAUUUGACCGUCGUAUGGAUGAUCCGCACAGACUGCUUGAAGUUGCCGUCGUACAACGUGCAAAGCGAUGGCACCAUUCUUGAAGCAGCCCCUGAUGACCAUUCAGAUCAGGCUUUCAUUCAUUUGCUGCAAGCUCAACAUGGAGCGACUUUGCCUGGCUAAAUCAACAUGAAAGGCGACCAAGGUCCAAACUUUUUCCGACCACCUGACCCGGGUUUUCAUUUUUCCUUUUGCAGUUUCAAGGCCGAAAGUUUCCGCACUGACGGAACCAACGACACAAUAUCGUUGAUGGCUGGCACAGACCUUUGGAGCAUAGCAGAAAAGGC